AUGGCGGAGGCGGCGGGCGCCGCUGUGGUGAUCGGCGCCACGGUGCCCACGGGCUUCGAGCUGACGGCGGCGGCCGAGGUGGAGGAGAAGCUGGGCGCGCGGGCCGGCGUGAGCCGCGACCGCGGCAAGAUCUACUUCGGCGUGGCGCCCGAGCGGCUGCCGCAGGUGCACCGCCUGCGCUCCGUGGACAACCUCUUUGUGGUGGUGCAGGAGUUCAAGGACUUCCACUUCAAAGAGAGCAAGGAAGAAGCUCUGAAGGACUUGGAAGAUCUGGUUAAGAAGCUGCCUUGGACUGAGCCCUUGAAAGUCUGGGAGCUGAACAACAGCUUGAAGAAGAAAAAGACAAAGCGCAAGAAGCAGAACCUGCAGAACGCUGCGAGCAAAGAAAAGCUGAACGGAGAUGGAGAAGAGGAGAGGGAGCAGAAAGAUGCCAGUGACCAGAGCUGCCCCGAAGACGCUGCAGGUACCGAGCGCGCCAGCACUGAGGACACRGGAGCCGCGCAGGGAGAGGCGCCGCAGCCGGGCAGCGACGACGACGAGGACAACAAGCAGUCGGAUGCCAAGGAGGAGGCGCCCGCGGGUUCCGGGGGCGAAGCCAAGGCUGCGGAGGGACAGAAGGGCGAGGGGGACGCGAGCGUGCUGAAGUUCCGUGUGACAUGCAACAGGGCCGGGGACAAGCACAGCUUUACGUCCAACGAGGCUGCGCGGGACUUCGGCGGCGCUGUGCAGGAGCACUUCCAGUGGAAGGCCGACAUGACCAACUUCGAUGUAGAGGUUCUCCUGAAUAUUCACAAUAACGAAGUAGUGGUGGGCAUUGCAUUAACUGAAGAGAGCCUGCACAGAAGAAACAUUACACAUUUUGGACCAACAACUCUUCGAUCAACCCUCGCUUAUGGCAUGCUUAGGCUCUGUGAUCCGCAGCCAACAGAUAUCAUAAUCGACCCAAUGUGUGGAACAGGCGCAAUACCAAUAGAGGGAGCUACAGAAUGGCCUAGUUGCUACCAUAUUGCUGGUGAUAACAACCCACAAGCUGUAAAAAGAGCUGCAAACAAUAUCUCCUCUUUACUUAAGAAAAAUGAGAAUAAGGAAGGAACCUCCUCGGGCAUUCCCUUGGAUAUCAUUCAGUGGGAUAUUUGCAAUCUCCCAUUGCGGACUGGUUCUGUGGAUAUAAUUGUGACAGACAUGCCAUUUGGAAAGAGGAUAGGUUCUAAGAAGAAGAACUGGGAUCUCUAUCCAGCCUGCCUCACAGAGAUGGGCCGGAUCUGCAGGCCUGGGACAGGCAGAGCGGUGCUGCUAACGCAAGAUAAGAAAUGCUUUGCCAAGGCUCUGUCAAGAAUGGGGCACAUCUGGCGUAAAGGGCAAACCGUGUGGGUGAACGUAGGGGGACUUCAUGCUGCAGUGUAUCUGCUGAAACGCACCUGGGAAAGGGCAGAAGAAAAAAGAUCUUUCUGGUAACUCGUGGGAAGGAAACAGCAGACACCUCUGGAGUUUCCUGAAUGGCAGUGGGUGAAGCCGACACCUGAGGCUGUAGCUCUGUCAAGUUCUAAGUGGGGGGGGAAAAAAAGUUGCAAAAGUUGUGGCACAUGAAUAUUGAGCCAGGGAUUAGCUUGGGAAUUGUCAAUUGUACCCUUGUGCUCUGAAAUCUUAUUUAAAUUGCCUCUAUCCUUUGCCUCCCAAACUGCAUUUUGCUACUGGCAUUAGCAAUGCUUUCCUUUGCCUGAGUCUUCUAACAUGGCCAUUCUGUUUUUCAGAUAAUUGUAUAUGUCCUCUGCUUAGAGUAGGAAACUCCUCUGCUUAUAGUAGAAAACAUAUUCACACCUAUUGGCAGUAGCAGUUAAUUUUUUCCCCUAACUGUAGAAAUUGCACAUAUAUCCUAAAAUGACUCAUAAGACUACUAARACAGUCAUCUUGCAGUUUAGAGGCAGUAGCUCUUUAAUGUAAGAUUUUUUCCAAAUAGAAGUUUUCUAAUUUAUACCAUUGCCAAAUGUAGAACAGAUUAUAAAUUAGUGUCUGGGUUCUUUUUWUUACUCUAAUAAGCAAAUGCCAGUUCAUUAACAGUUCAUUGAUGCUGCUGUUCUCCUUACCUGUUACCUCAACUUACUGCUAAUUACUAGUAAAUGUUUAAUUCAUGUUUUAAUGUACCACUGCCAUAGGUGAGGUGGGAUAGUAACACAGCCUUAGGAGACCAUUUGUAGUUACUAUGUGAAUAAUGGAGAUACUUUAGCAGUUAUUAAAAAGUUCAUAUUUUCAAUAUCUGUUGUAGACCGAGAUGACAGUAUGUUUAAACUGCUA